UGAAUAAUAAUAAUAAUCAGCUGCAGCCUGUGACGAGUCCUGAGCGCGGUGCAUGCUGGGAGCUGUAGUCUCCGCCCCGCCUCUCUGUGGGAGUGGCCUCCUGCGGGUCACGUGCUCUGAGCCUUUGUUGAUCUGAUUCAGACCAGGAGGACAAAAAAAAACCGUCCCGGUCCGACCGAGCGACCCGCCGCCGCUUCCCGUCGAGCCUCCCCGGACACAGUCGCUCCUCUCCGGCCUGCCCGCUGCUGGAUCCCCGGCACACCCUCCUGGAUCUUCUCCGUCCGCGGCGGCGCCCCGCGGUUCUCCAGCGGCCGGUUCCAGAGCUCUGCGGCGGGCUGGGGGAUGGAGGCAGAGCCCGGGCUGUGAGGGGUUUGUUGGAGGUGUGGGGGGUCGCUGCGGCCCCAGGCCCUGCUCCGCUUUGUGCUCCGAUCCGGAUUCAGCCCCUCCAGCAUGGACCCUUCCUCCUGGAGCCUCCUGGAGAUAUAAACCUGCACCUCCUUUCUGCGGCGGUCUAGGAUUGUCCCCCUUCGGAGCCAGAGAUCCUUUUAUCUCUCUUUUCUGCUCCUCCAUCUGUCUUUGUAGCGCUCCGUCCAUCCCCCCACUCACAUCUGUAUCUGUCUCCUCUAGACCUUUAUUCCUCCCUCCAUCUGUCCCCCACCUCCUCCUCCUCCUCCUCCUCCAUCACGGCCUCCAUCAUGGCUCCAGUGAUCCGGUUCUGCUGCCUGCUGGUUCUGCUGGUUCUGCAGGUUCUCCCCUCCGCCGUCCAGGGCUCGUUCCCCCGCGGCGGGGCCAGCGUGGACUGUGGCCCCGGGAAGAGCACCGAGUGCCCAGAUCUGUCGGAGAAGAAGAGCGACCUGCGAGUGUGUGACGCCGGGACGUGUCGCUUCGGAGGAACCUGCCGCGAGAACGGAGCCGACAUCAAGUGUGUGUGCCAGUUCCACUGUCAUAAGAAGUACGUGCCGGUGUGCGGCUCCAACGGGGACACGUACCAGAACGAGUGUUUCCUGAGGAGAGCCGCCUGCAAGAAGCAGAGAGCCAUCAGCAUCAUGUCAGAGGGACCCUGUUACCACGACGGAGCUUCAGGAUCUGGUGAUGGAGAUGAUGAAGGCUCCGGUCGCGGGAAGAAAGUCUCCAAAUGUGGAAACUGCAAGUUUGGAGCCGAAUGUGACGAAGACUCUGAAGAUAUGCUCUGCAUGUGUAACAUCGUGUGUAAUGGACACAAUGAUAACCCUGUGUGUGGCGGCGACGGCGUCACCUACGAGACUCCGUGUCACGUCCGCGAGGCGUCCUGCCUCAAACAGCUGAAGAUCGACAUCAAACACGUGGGCCGUUGCCAAGAUAAAAGCAGGAAGGACGACAGCAUGAAGACCAAGCCGGCCAUAUAUGCCGUGUCCAAGCCUGGCGAGGGGGAGGAGUUUGUGGAUAGCCCCGCCCCCUGUCCUGAAGACUACGCCCAGUUCUGUGAACACGGACAGUGUGAGAUGAGACACAACCUGCCCACCUGCAGGUGUGAGGCGGCGUACGGGGGUCCUCAGUGUGACCAGCUGCUGGACUUUAACAUCCUCUACGUGGUCCCCAGCGGUCAGAAGCUGCACUACGUCCUCAUCGCCGCCAUCAUCGGAGCCGUCCAGAUCGCCGUCAUCGUCGCCGUGGUGAUGUGCUUCACCAGGAGGUGCAACAAGACGAAGCGUGGCCGGCGGCAGAAGCAGCACCUGGGCCACUUCCCGUCAGGAACCUCCUCCAGGAUGAUGUAGCUGCUGCGCCUCCUCCUCCUCCUCCUCCUCCUCCUUCUUCUUCUUCUUCUUCUUUGUUUUUUUUUUCCUCUCAUGUUUUUAUGAAACACAAGAAGUUUUUCGUACCACUCAGACUGACUGCAUUUUUGAUAUCUCGACUUUUUGGUGCCUCUUUUUUUUCCCUUUUUAAAAAAAAAAAAAGAAUUAUUUUUUGACUUUUUUAAGGGGCCUUAUUUUUUAAGAUUUUUUCCUCCGUGUUUUUAAUUUUUUUUUUGAUUAUUAUUUUUUGUCUGCAGGUGACUUUUAGUUUUCCGUGCGGCGGAGCCGAGACGAGACUCUGACACACUGUGGAUCCUCCGGCAGGAAACUCAAACCUUAUUUAUCUGAUUGUAUCUCGGGACCGUCUGUUCCUGUUUGAACCCUGUGGGACGCCUCUUUGUUUCCAUUUAUUAUGUUAUUCCACUGUUGUCAGCAGAGGUAAUAAUAAUAAUAAUAAUAAUAAUAAUAAUUAAAUACCACAGAAUGUACGCCAGCGGCUACUUUCGACCCCUUUAUGUUCCACAAACUAAACUGGAAGCUGUAAAACGAGAUAAAUUCAGUGAUAUCGAAGUUUUUAGUUGCAUUUUUUUUACUGAUUGGCCUCAAUAUGCAACAUAAAACGACAGAUCUAGUUCAUUUUUUAUGUGUUUUGAUACCUUUUUACAUCACAGUGUCCACGUGUUUCUGUUUUUUUUUAUGUUUUCUGCUGUGUAAUGAAGCCUUAAUGCUCCGGGGGGCGCUGUGGACCAGGACCACGGCAUUAAAAGGGACCACUGAAGUAGAAUCAUCAUGUUUUUAUUGUUGCUUUUGAGUCUCACAGGGUCAAAACUAACGUUUCAUGUAGCUCAGAUGUUCAGAUGACUCUUUUCUUUCUAUUUGUUACGAUGAGACGCACCUGAAAACCAAAAUGCUGUUUUUUCUAUAAAAAGGUUCAAGCUGACGUGUACAGGCUGUUGUUAUUAUUCU